AGCUUGAUUCAGAAAAUGUUUCUGUACUUAUCCUCCACCACAUCCGUUUAUCCUCCGCGCACUUUCACCUUACCCUGCGCAGCCACCGCUUAUACCGGAGCCAAAAUUUCUGCCCGCCGGAAGUCUCGGGUUUCAGCUGUCUCUCUCCAUUGCGAGGAACAAACGUUUGUUCCUGAGGUUGAGAAAGCAGUGGACUCGUUGUACCCGGAGUUCCGAGCAGUGGAUAAUUUGGUGGCGCGCAACUCGGCGCGCGUGCUUAAAGCUUUUCAGAAUGGUCGUGUUGGAUCUCAUCACUUUGGUGGCAGCACAGGCUAUGGUCAUGAAGAAGCCGGUGGGCGUGAGGCGCUUGAUCAAGCCUUUGCAGAAAUUUUUGGUGCUGAAUCUGCAAUUGUUAGAGCACAGGUUUGCCAUUUCCCGUCGAUGUCUUUGUUUGAUAGGGGUGAUAAUACUUUCUUACUUACUCUUGUUCACUGCCAGUUUUUCUCAGGUACUCAUGCAAUCACCUGUGCAUUGUUUGCUUUUCUAAGGCCAGGAGAUGAGCUUCUGGCAGUUGCUGGAGCUCCUUAUGAUACACUGGAGGAGGUGAUUGGAAUAAGAGACUCUGACAAUAUAGGUUCUUUGAAAGAUUUUGGAAUAGAUUACAGAGAAGUGCCACUUUCUGAGGAUGGUGGACUGGACUGGGGUGCCCUAAGGGUUGCUUUGAGACCUCAGACAAAAUGUGCACUCAUUCAGAGGUCAUGUGGUUAUUCAUGGAGACGCAGCUUGAGUGUAGAUGAAAUAGGAAGGGCAAUAAAGAUAAUCAAGUUGCAGAAUCCAAAUUGUUUGAUCAUGGUGGAUAACUGCUAUGGUGAAUUUACGGAGAUCAUGGAACCUUCGAUGGUGGGUGCAGAUUUAAUUGCUGGAAGUUUUAUAAAAAAUCCUGGUGGAACAAUUGCGCCAUGUGGUGGGUAUGUUGCUGGAAGAAAAAAAUGGGUAGCAGCAGCAGCUGCUCGUCUCUCCGCACCAGGUCUAGGAGUUGACUGUGGUUCAACUCCAGGAGAUAUUAUGAGAAUAUUUUUUCAAGGUCUGUUUCUUGCUCCACAAAUGGUUGGCGAAGCAAUAAAGGGAAGCCUUCUGAUUGCUGAAGUCAUGGCAGGUCGAGGAUACAAGGUUCAACCAGGUCGCCGGGUUCCUCGCCAUGAUGUAGUUCAGGCAGUACAGCUUGGAAGCCGCGAGCGCCUGCUUGCCUUCUGUGAGGCCGUGCAGAGAAGUUCUCCUGUUAGUUCUUUUACAAAGCCCAUAGCAGGUGCUACUCCUGGCUAUGCGUCUGAGGUGAUAUUUGCUGAUGGAACUUUUAUUGAUGGAAGUACAAGUGAACUUUCAUGUGAUGGACCACUGAGGGAGCCGUUUGCUGUUUAUUGUCAGGGUGGCAGCCAUUGGACUCAAUGGGGACUAGUUCUUGGGGAGGUUCUAAAAUUUUUAUAGACACAGCACAUAUGGGUUCUCACAAUGGUGCAUUCAUCUCUGAAAGUUUCUCCUUUGGGUGAUUGCAAGGUGGCUUCAAUAUGGCUUAGAUUCUGCAUAUCAUAUGCCUUACUGCAAAUGACCUCCAGUGAGAUUUCAGUCACAUGCUGAAAUGCUUUAAAGCUUGAAUAUGUGAAUUUCACCUUCAACACAUGAUAAGAUAAUUGACUGUAGCUGUACUUCAGAACAUUUAAGUUCAUUGAUUAAUAUACUUACCUAUCUCAAUUCGGUCAUUGACUAUGAAAAAGUUUUUUUAAUUGUAUCUAUGAAGUUGAGACUCAUUAUACACGAGCUAUUUGUAAAAUAUUCGUAAGAGAGCAACUACCACUUGGUGGGAUUUUUUCAUUCUUUUACUCUCCGCUUUGAUUACCAUCCAACCAUGUCUAGACUAAUCUAUGCCUUUUUGCACAGACAGCUAGAAAUGUGAUAAA